UACACGAAACGGACGUAUCCCUGUCGGUCUGGUACAAGCUAAUUUUCCGUACGUUGGAUUGCUGAAGGUUCUGAGUGCCCGCGCCGAUCGCGGUUGUGAGUUUCGAGUGUUUCGCGAUCCCAGUCGGAGCUUUUGGGGCUAACAAACUGCUGCCAGUGUGAGUCACGGGUGCACGAGAGUUACAUAAGCUGGAUCGGGUUGUGCUGUGACUUGUUGUUGCCACAUUCGAUCGACGGUACGCGAAGAAGAACAACACCCGCAGUGUGAGCUUUCCAAGAUAACGAGUGUGGGGCGAAGAAAAACAACAAAAGAGACGAUGUGUCGUCCUGUAUUAUUUCGGUGUAAAUGAUCCCGUGUUUUUGGGGGAGUUGGGAAUGAUCAAAGAAUUAAGCGUUAUUUGUGAAAAUUAGUGAGAAGCAGUGAAUUCUGCACCCAAGUGAUUGACAGUGACGAAACCCAUCAACGAAAGGGAUUUGAACGAGGAGUUGACCGGGGAAGAUACGAACCUGAAUUUGAUACGAACUUGCAACUGUACCGACUUCAACCAACGGACAUCAACGAACUUCAGAAGAUAUUCAAUCAACGAGAACUACGACAUUAGCAACAAUUGGAUCAAGUGCGCAAAAGUGAUCUCAGCAGCUGGGAACUCGACUAACUCAACGUGAUCCUGGAGCAAAAACAGUGAAUUUGAUAUCAAGUUGUUUGCGUGUGGAAAAGCCAUCGAACAAACAAGUCAAACAGGAAUCAAGUGAUCCCGAGGGAUUAAAUGGCAAAGUGAGCGGGAUGGAUUCAGUGAGGCAGAAGAAUCGGGAAUAAAUUGCGACUUUUUUUUCUGUUGCAGCAGUGUGCCCGUUUGUUGUGUAGUUGUUGGAUAUAUCAAUAUUAUUAUUGUAGUGACAGUGGAAAGGGUGAUCCAGCGGGACCUCGUGUGUAACCAAUCGGUUUCCCAGGGAGCAGCACACAAAAGUGAUUUGAAUAAGCUAGAACGCAAUUCAACCCAUCUCUCCAGAGAUCUACCCAGAAGAACCAACGAACGUAUCAAUGUUCGCUAGUAUCCAUGUGUGUGUAUGUUUGAAGUGAUUCUGCUGAAAACAACUUACAGUUCAUGUGAUCGCGAAAAUUAGCGAUCCCUUCUGCGACGCACCAGAACCAGAUUCAGCAGCUCAUUAUAUUCGUCUUCAAAAUGAACACUCAAUUAACGUGUGUCUAGUUGAAGGAUUACGUCGGCCCAUUCCACAAAAGACAAACCAACCUAUCAUCUAUGGGCACUGACUGAAGGAAAAGCUAAUCACCAUGGCCGGAACGCAACCACCCCGGAGCGUGACGCCGAACGUCCAGCAGGACUACGACGUAACGCGUAUGCGAGAGGAGGAUUUUGAGCGGCUGGCCGUGUACAUCGUGCCGGAUGUAGCCUGCGACAAAGGCUUCCCGAAUCGGGCGGAGAAAACUCUGCCCCGAAGUUUGACACUGAAGCCCUCGCUAGUGCUGUCGACGCCAACGACGACGACCGAGGGCGUAUGGAGCACCGGUGUGAUACCGCGCGGGACCCGGUUCGGUCCGUUCGAGGGCGUUCGGACACCCAGCCAUCCCAGUGAUAAGCAGCUGUGGCGAUAUUUCUGGAGGGUGCAAGAGCUGCGACACGUUUCCUACGGGAAUAUUAAGAUAUUCAAAGAUAGUGACUUCUACUACCUGGACGGGUCGGAUCCGGCACAGUCCAACUGGAUGCGGUAUGUCGGAUCGGCGUACAGCUUCUCCGUGAUGAAUCUGGUCGCCUGUCAGCACCAGGAGCACAUCUACUUCUACACGAUCCGUGAUAUUAUGCCCAACGAGGAGCUGAUGGUGUGGUACUGCCGUGACUUUGCGAAGCGACUCGGCUACGAUAUCGAUCCGGAACGGGCAACUUACUCCAUCUGUCGAGAGGAAACGUUGAGAAAAACGUACGCAACGAUCACCAAAGCGCCCGUCCCGUCGGAGGUUGCCUACAACCACGUGAAGCACGUGAUGGGUCUAUACCUACCGGCUAUUCGUACGGCUCCGACGCCAAGUCCUUCGCCACCGGCAGCUACGUCGACGACAGUAACGCCGACAGUGGUAGUUCCUCCUUCUAAGCACCAGAUUCAUCAGACUGUGCUCCGAGAGACGAGAACCACAACCGAAGCGCAUGAUCGAUCACCAAUCAGGAUCGUCAUUCGAGAACAAAGUCCACUGCCUCUGCGAACAGUGAAAGGACCGGAUGCGGACUCGCCAAUUUCCCAGAACGGGAAGGAAGCCCACUACGAACAUCAGUUAACGCCAAAUGAUGGCUCGGUCAGAUCAGACGAAGGUUAUCACAGCAACGGAUACCACGAGGAUGGAUUUACUCCACCGGAGGAUUCCAGUGACAGCGAAAGUGAACAUAACUAUGUGUUGGAUUGUUCGAAAAAGGCGAUCGAACCGAAGGAAGCAAGCUUGAAAGUGGAAAAUUGUGAUAAGAAUGAAUACCGGAAGGUCAAGAUGAAAAUGCCAUUAAAGUAUGAGUUUAAAAACAACAAGAACUUCAAGCAGCCCGGUGUGAAGGAGGAGGCUGCUGAAGAGGAAGAGAUUGUUGCGACGAGGGAAGUGAAGCCCGCUACCAGUACGGUGAUUGUGUUGGAAACGGUUCCCGAAACGGUGGUACCACUGACUAAAGCUUACUAUGAACCGGAAACAACAAGCCCCUCAGCGUCCUUCAUUCGAUACACUCCGCCGAGUUCCAGUAUUCUUGAAACGAUACUUACCGGUAACCGAACCCCGGUGGAUGAUCCCCUCCGGAGACAACCGAAUGCAACACCACCUCCAACUUCCCCCACUGAGAUGGCGUACUCGUAUAAGAAGUCCCAUCGCUAUGGAACGGCUUGCAGCCCCGAUUCCAGUUCCCAAACCCCCAUGGAACCGGGAGAUAACGUUCAUCAGCCGAUACAGGAAGCUAAGCUUAUAAGUGUUGAUCACCGCGAAUCUCAGUCACCCACAAUCAUUUACAGCUCCGAGCAUCGAUCGCAGCAGCAGAUUCCUUCGCCAGGUCCGUAUGAUCCGGCAGUGCACAGUUACAAUUACAGCUACCCAUCGCCGAGUGGAACGGUGAUCAACAGCGCUUCCAGCUCGACUUAUUCGCCUCCCCUAAACGGUGGCCACUACGAGAGACUGACAACGCACACAAUCCCAUCGCCGAGUGGCUAUGUGCAACUGCAAGCCAAGGGACAACUUCCGUUAGGCCAUCCUCUGAUGCAACCCCUACCGCCGCUAACCCACAUGUCACCCGGUCGAUGUUCUCCGCCCAGUAGUCUCAGUCCGGAUGGUGGUUCUUACUCGCGAAGCGGUAGCCCAAUGAGUCCCGGAAGUCCAGGAUCGCGAGGCUACCGAAGUCUACCGUAUCCGCUACGGAAACGAGACGGUAAAAUGCACUACGAGUGCAAUGUCUGCAGCAAAACCUUCGGCCAACUGUCCAAUCUGAAGGUCCACCUCCGCACACACUCAGGUGAGCGACCCUUCAAGUGCAACGUCUGUACCAAAUCGUUCACCCAACUUGCCCACCUGCAAAAACACCAUCUGGUACACACUGGCGAAAAACCGCACCAAUGUGAUAUCUGCAAGAAGCGAUUUUCGUCCACGUCCAAUCUGAAGACACAUCUCAGGCUCCACAGUGGCCAAAAGCCGUAUGCGUGUGACCUGUGCCCUCAAAAGUUCACCCAAUUUGUACAUCUGAAGCUGCACAAGCGGUUGCACACGAACGACCGGCCAUACGUGUGUCAAGGUUGUGACAAGAAGUACAUCAGCGCUUCGGGCCUCCGGACUCACUGGAAGACGACGAGCUGUAAGCCAAAUAAUCUGGAGGAGGAGCUGGCGCUGGCCGCUGCUGCUACCUCCGAGUGUAUGGACAAAGAUCAACCGGAGAGUGAACCACGAGAGUAUUACGACUUGCAGCACAUGAAUCAUCCAGCAGCAAUAGGAUCUCCUCAGCUGCGGCACAUGGUCGGUCACGGUUCCCCGCCAUUGCACGGGUUACAACCACAGUCCCUACCAGGACAACCGCCAAUACAUCCGGGACAUAUGUUCCCAGGUCACCCUGGGUCGGAUGCGAUCAUCCAGAAAGUUGGAAAAGUUCAACACCCGUCAACCGUUAGCAGUAGUAGCAACACCACCACCAACAACAACAACAACAACCCCAGCCACAUAAACGGCAACAUCAUCAAUGCUGGGGGUGGUCAAUAUACCUAUCUGAGUGCUGCACAGGGACCACCCCCACCACCGCCUCCGCAGCAAGUUCUGCACCAUGGCCAAUCUGUACCCGCUAGCAAUGCCACCAACACCACCAUCACGCCCAGUCCUACCGGGAACAGUAGCACCAGCAACGGUUCCGAACCGACCAGCCGACCCAGUGUGAUCGAAUCCAGUCAACCGAUGAUCAUUGAGUGCACGUAGCUUCAGGUGAUGGGUCCGGGGCCACCCCCAGCCCGACGCCUGGACAGUGUGAUUCGAGUGAUUGGCUAAGCCCUAAAUCUACUUUUUUUUGCAAGCAAAUGAUCUUUGUUGUGCGCGUUAGAUUUAAGCAUUAAACAACUGUGAAUACUAGCUUUAAGGUGACACUUCCACACGAACACACAGAGAAGAGAAAAAAUUACACAAACACAUACACAUUUAAUCGCUAAGAGAAGCAUAAAUUUAUAUAUUUAUUUUUUACUAUUAUUAUCGAGCCGAAGCAAAUCAGUUUAGGAGGCAGAAGAAAUAUUGUUAAGUGUUCUUAAAAUUUACUAGUUACACGGUGAAGAAAUCAGAACAGCGUAAUCCUACUGAAGUUUGUCAUUUUUCUUGAAACUUGAAACAAAAUCAAACGUUUAGAAGACGAAAUAAGAAAAAUCAAAGCGGUGUGUGUGUGUGGGUAAAUUUUGCCAGCCAGCUCUGUAAAUAUAGGAGAAUAGUGCAAUGGCAGAGAGUGCGAAAUUUGCCGACACCAAUACCACCAUCAUCAUCAUCACCACCACCUGGCAGUUUUAAUACGAGAAGUAUUCGGUGGCUUGUAGUUAUUAGGAUUAGCUCAUUUUUGUGUUUGUGUUUUAAAUCGUUCGUUGACCGUUCGUCGGUCCACGGUUUAGUGGGUAUACGCAUUAGGGUACUUGUACAUACAAUUAUACAGUUGAGGGCCGAGCGAAGAAAGCGCCACUGCUGAGAGAGGGAUGUGACUAAUAAUACAUACGAACGCAACAGACUGAUAUUUUUCCUUAUUAACAGAUAGAAAAUCAGAACGAAAAGGUCGUGGUAGGAACAUUGUUCGGCAAUCAGUUUUCCAAAAAAAAAACGUUAGAUAUGUUUAUUUUUUGUUUGUUAUUAUUUUGUAGUUAGUCGAUAGGAAGGCUCACGUAGGCUAUGAGAUGGUGUGUGCGAGUGUGUUCCGGGUGGUUGAAGUUAUAACCGGAAGCAAAGUUUACGGAAGUUCGUGCGAGGGGUUUUGUUUUUGGGAAAACUCUGUAACUCAGGCAUUUUAAUUCUUUGGGUGUGCAACAGGACUCCCGAUGAAAAAAUUUUUGUUUGCAGUUUCUUAAUUAUGUCUGCAUAAAACCGGUUCAAACAGAAAUCAAUCGGUUUUGUCGAAAUUUAAUCACAACUACACACUUAUGCGAACUUAAAUAUUUUGUUUGUUAGAGUUUAUGUAUACAGGCAAGCGGCGAGGCACUGACCUAGAGCUGAAACUAACAUAACCUGCUUGCAGCAAAUCAAAACGAGCCUGUCUCAGUGAAAACCAACUGACAGAUUUCACUUUGAUCAACAGCAGUGACGGUGGAGUAACAGUUUAUCUGGAAUUUUGGCUAAAAGUGAAUUUUGACAGUUGGUUUUAGCACCCGAAUUGCAAGCUUGUCGAGAAGUAGUAAACUGCCUACUCAGUUCUACUUGGUUUAUUCUGUGACAUGGUCACUUUGAUUUGCUGCAAGUAGGUUUAUCGCGUCCUAAUGUCAGUUCCAGCUUCAGCUCACCUUCUCGCCGCCACUCUGUAGGCAGGGCCGUCGAGAGCCGCGUCGGGCCCCGGGGUUUUAAGUACUGACGGGUUUUACCAUAUAUGACUUCUUAUUUCAAUAUCGAUUAGAAAAAUUAUACGGAUGCAACCGUUUCAUUAAACUAUUUUUUUAUGAAAAUUGUUUAUUUGACACAAUUCAAUUGUUCAUGCUUCCUUGACUCACGUUAAUGCUACCAUCGUUAAUGCUGCACAGAAUCAGAGCAUAGAAAAAUUGACAUCCCUGCGUGAGCUUGAAAGAGAAACAAAAUUCAAUUCAUGCCCGCCGCGAUGUUCGGUUUGUUUCCCUCGUCUUUCGCUUUUUCGGUACAAAGCAUUCAUGUCCGAAGCUGACCCUUGUUUCUAUGCUAGCUCUGACAGGGAUUAUCAAGCAAAAGUGCACCAGAUAUAGAUUACGCAGUUCAGUUAUGCUCGAAAAUGCAAAAGAAGUUCUGCCUUCAAACUGUCCACAUAAUAACAAAUGAAUGCUUUGGUUGGCGAAUGAAUUUAUAUUUCCUCUGCACUCAACCAUUCGAUUCUUCAUAAAAUUUCAGUCAGAUUGGAAGUGAAUGAAUGAGGGUUGCGUUGAAACUGAAUAUUGUUUUCAGCAAAUUAAUCAGAAAUAAGCAACUAAAUGUGAAAUUUCGGACCACUGAUGCUGCCUUGUUUCUUGUUGUUGGUACAUGCUGUUGAUUUUGAGGUACUGGAUGCAGCUAUUGCACUUGUCAUUAUGACCUGAACGUAUUUUCUUUACCGGUUUCUGAAUACCGGUUUUGGAAUCAGUUGUUACAUUUGCGCUAACAUUCAGAGGAAAAACAUUACGAAUGCGAUGACUGGGAUCCUCCAGCGAAGUCUGCUGUUAAAACGACUGAGUUGUGAGAGAAAGAGUUUCAACUUUUGGCGAAAACUAAUGGGUAGAAAAGUGUCCAGUUAAAUUCCCCUAUUUUCUUCAUCAAAUGUGUACAAUGGAACCUCCAUUUACGAACCAAGCCAUGGGUUCGUAAAUUGAAUUAGUUCGAAAAAAAGUGUUCGUUUUUUGGGAUUUAGAUCGUAAAAAAGUUCGCUUUACAUUCUUUCUAAAAUUCAUUGGUUGAGCAACAUUAUCGAUAACCCUAACAAUAUUUUUAUUUCCGAAACGGACUUGACAAGUACAUGAUGAAAAUGGAUAUUUGGUACCUUUUUGAAAUCCAGGAUGGAGACUUCCGAUUGAACAAUAAUCUCGAUAACCCUAACAAUUUGGGAAUUUCGAGAACGGGCUUGACGAGUAGAUGAUAGAGAUGGGCGCUUGGAGCUAUUUCGAAUAAUUUCUGUAUAAACUAUGAGGGUAUUUUUAAGCGGGUUUGAUGAGUAAAUGAGCGAUGCCCUUUUGGAGGCCAAGAUAGUGUCUUCUGAUUGAGAAAAGUUUUCUAUAAUCAUAUCAUCCGCAUCACAAAUCACUUUAUCUAUAUCUACUCUAUGAUUAUCUUAUUUCGAAAAUGUCAAUAUUUUAGGUCAUACAGAUAUCAUAACUGGCAUAUGCCAUCUUGGUUUUCAAAAUGGCUUCAUACAUUGAUUUUCGUCAUCUACUCAUCAACCCCAUUCCGAAAAUAUCCAACUUUUAUUAGUAACAGUUAGCUAAGAAUAUGUUAAAUUGUAUACAACUUCAUACUGUACUGUGAGUAUUCAAACUUUUUUGACGAAAACUUUUAAAAAAACCCUUGCGAUAAAUGAACGGUUCAAUUGCACUGUUAAAUGAAUCUAAUAGGGUUACGUUCACGUACUUCAGAAAACCAUUGGAACGAUUGGAACGUAGUUGAUUGUGGUAUAUUUGCAGUGCCAACAGAAACAAUAAACUUCAACAAUUAAAUUAAAAUAAAUUAAAUUCAGUUAAAAAUGCGGGCCCCCAAAACAGACCCGGACCCCAGGAUAGUUGCCCACCCUGACCCCUCUCUCGUUGGGCCUGUCUACCAAAGGCAACCAAAGAUUGGAGAGUGUGGAUUGAAUUGCAAAGUGGCUUGAAGUUUGACUUUUUAUGCAUACGUAAAUGAAAUUGACAGGUCAAUUGGUAUCAGCUUAAAACUAUGCAGUCCAAUUGAAUGUGAAGCAUAAAAUAUAAAUUUGUAAUAAAUUAAUAAUAGCUUCAAUGAAUCCUUCCCCCAAUUUGGAACAAACAAAUCCCUCAGCUAGUCUGGAACAGGAUUAUCCUCCUGUCCUGAAAUCUCUCGGAUUAUCGCGCAUGUGAUCUCCAAAUUCUGGACUGCAGCCAGCUUGUUCUCUAAUUUCAUAUCAUUCUGCGCCUCCAACAGCUUCCGUGGAACAACUCCAAUCGUCGUAUGCACCACAGAAACAAUUCUUCGAACCUCCCUAACCUUCACAUAUUAAUCAAUUCUACGACCAAUGGGCGAUACCUGGUAUUUUAGCCGGCGUGGCCAAGUUGUUGUCCAGUAGAGCGAUAAAUCAAUUGUCCUGCUUGAUAUGCCCCAUACCAAUUGGCGCAUCCACAGAAUUUUUCACAGCCGUCAUAACUGCACUUCGCAUAGUGCCCGCAUGUCGACUAUACCGUGUUUUCCGUCAUCCUGUGACAAUGCGAACCUCUGAAGCGCCGACUGGGUAUGACGCAUUGUUUAAACGCUUCUUUCAAUGUUCUCUCAAGACCCUCCAGGUCAGUGCGACUCCAUUUAAUGACGCCGAAACUGUCGGUCAACGCCUUGAUUGCUUUGAGCUUAUUUCCCGCGUUCAUGGAAGACUUUAAGACAGUGUUCACUCCGCUCAAGAACUUACCUCGGAGCUCUAUUAAGUUAUUCGGUGAUGCGAAUUCCGGUGAUACUUGUGCUGGAAUCCGAGAUACUUGUACGAAUUUCUAUGAACCAUAUCUCGCUUCCUCUCAACUUCGUCAAUAUCGUGAGCACCUGUGUCGACCUAUCACCUUGACAGCAGGCAUUUCUCUAGGUCAAACGUGGCGUCAGCGUAGAAGUAGUACAUGUAGAAGGUAUGCAUCAUUACGAUUGAGUGCCCUACUGAGGAGGUUCGGCCCCAAACAAAAGGGGAAGGAAUGGCUUUGGAAUACACCACACAAGAUUCGGAGCGUUCUAGACUGUCACGUAAUAGAUUAAUUCGCAGCAUUGAGCAUUUUUAUUGCAAUCGUUCUGCUACUCUAUUCUAUGCUGUUCUUAAUGGGCCCGAGUUAUGAAGUGAUGAUGCUUCUCAGGGUCUUGUACAGAUUUGAGAAGCAGGUAAUUCGCACGUACUUUGAAGAGCUAGACGUAUUGCCUCCUUGGGAAGCUCUGGACUUCGCUGAUAUCCCGUAGACCUUCACUGAAAUCGGGCUUCUCGCUGUUGAUUUGGUCAUAGAAUGCUCGCUUGUUAUCACUGAAUAUUCGAUUUUGUUAUCGACUCGCGAAGUUAGUGUUACACUCAAUUGCUGUAUGAGUAUGGCGAGCUCCACUAUCUACCGGUGAGCUCGCAGCUUGCGACGCUAAGUAACUGAAUUAAUCGUUUUUGCCGUCUUCGAACGUGGUCAGCCUUCAAAUAGCGACACAUUUGUUCGAGAGCCGAUUCUCCAGCCUCCGCCGUCAAGAAUGUGCUCUCCUUUCUCGGUAUUGUUCCGGCGGGUUGUGAUCGCCACUCUACUACAGAGCAGUAUCAGCUGCAGAGCUUCCAGGGUCUGAACAAGUUCCAGGUGCAUUGGCAAAAAGCUGCUGUUCAUGAAGUGUGUCGGUCGCGUUUUGAGAAUACAGCAAGUUCUUCGUGCGCGACAUUAGGACAGUUCAAGCGGUGAAUCUUUUGGAAAUUAUGGGACUUAAGCUGCAGGUUCUUCCACCAACGCUACAGAUUCACUGGCGAAUAACGCGCUCAAGCUUGCUGAGCUUAACCUCGACACAUCGCUUUCUCUACUGUUCUUUGUGCUCAGCUCUCUAUCUGCACCUCCUGCUGAAUCAGACCGAUUUCCGCUCUUAGUGAGAAUACUGUUGCGAAUGAUCGUUCUAUGUCUUGCGAUCACUGCGUUCUGAUUCCGACCUCCGACAAACUCUGAAUACGCAUCAUCAAACAUCCGGAUCGCUGUCCAAAAAUAGCAAGCGAAUCACGAAUUUACUGAUCUUCGUCGUCCACCUAAUACGUAUUUAUGGUCCUGUGAAGGUGAGCGACUGUCUUCUUGUAUCUAAUCGUUUGCAUUGUGCGUCAUACUAAGACAAGUAGUAAAUCGGGUGCUCUCCCCAACAAAUCCUCAUGGGUUCAAACACUAUACAACCCUAUAAAAAUCCCAUGAAUACGGCCGCGCCAAAUUUCGUAACUAUCAAAACACCAUGAAAUGGUUUUUAAAUGGCAUCUUCCGGACCAUGGUGUCGGUGUUUUCAAAGGUUGAACCCAUUUCAAAUACUACCAAAACAUCACGAAGUGGAGGUGAAUUUGGACCAAACGCAUUGAGGAAUUAUGAACUUUUCGUUUGCUCGGGUUCCUCGGGCGAUCACCUAACCAAGAUUGCUCGUGUUCAUGUUGCUUCAUUCUGGCGUUUUGAUAAUAAGCCUGUCCUAGCGUAGGCGGCAGGCAGUACCCCGGAUUCCCUCUUCCCUGUCAUCAUGCGACCAAAGAUCCCGACGGGGCUGGAUACAUGAUCUUCACUAAGAUUGUUCGUACCCCAGCCGCAUGACCACAGAAAGGCCUCGAGUUGCACAUAAUAUUUUUAGCUUCACUUUUUUAAAGAAACCCACCACUUUGGGAAUUAAUGUAAAACUUGCAAAAGAACUGCCACUUUUGCUUUGUCGAAAAAAAUGUUCAAUAAAUUUCUAUUUUUUGUUUAAGAGGUAACUUUUUUAAUUUUUUAGGCGUCGUUCUCUCGUUGUAAAUUAUAAUCUCGACCACAAUUCACUUACAGCGGUCUAAUGCAAUAGUUUAGUUUGUAUGCUUCUCCUUUUUUACACCAGGGAUUCUCGUCGGUUACUAUCUCUUCCACUGGCCAACAAAGCACAAGCCACACGAUUCUAAGUAAAACUUUUACUGCCUUUCUGAACGAUGUCUUGGAAAUGGUCUCUAUACUGAAACGUUAAAUUCGUCUUCCUGAAAAGUUCUGCAUAGUACCGCAAAUAACAGUGCUUAUUUUCAAUCAGUACCGGUAGUCCAGUAUCAAAAAUGGGUCGGUAUUUCCGGAAUUCUCGGUUCACCUCACGAACUUCCCAUUGGGAGUGUCACUUGUCUGAGUAUCGACAUGAUUUUUCUUAAUACAGUGUGAACUAUUACGCGGUACCAGAUUUGUAGCCGUUCUUCGAUUUUUGAUCACGACGAUUAUUGCCUUCUAUCAGAACCUAUCCAGUUGUCUCCGGCACGUUUUUUCCCAAUUUCUCAUAUUUGCCUUUUCGUCUUUGCUCUCUUUUAAACUUCCGAACUUCGCACUUCAACAUUACCCAAUACAUUUCGAUCGAAUCAAUUUUAAGAAAGUUUGGUGGGUUCAUGGCUUUCGGUUCCAAACCCGCAGGAUUACCACUCCUGCACGGUUUUGCAAAAACAAUUUUAGAGUUUUGUAAAUCUCACCGUUUGUGUUUCCUUUGAUCACGAAUAGUUAACAACGUUUACCACAAGUGCACAUGGCCUGCCGAAUCAGAUGCUUCUAAGAGAAUUUCGACAGAUUUUUCUAUUUGAAACCGAAAUUUACAACACACUCGCGUUUAAUCAUGAAAUAUUCAUAUGCUGGAGGUCUCACCAUCAAAGAUGCAGCAUCGGUAUUUCGUAUAUAGCGUCAUGUAGUUUCCGGGUGCGCAUUUUAGCAUCGUUUCUUGGUUCUCUGGUCGAAACUUUGUGCAACAUCAAGGUUUUCGGACAAGUCGCUCGUCAAAACGUUCGGAUUCAGCGCAUUCUUGAUUUUUUUUUCGGCGAGCUGGUCCUAGUUUACGUGCAGAUCCUGGCUUGUCAGCAACUGUCAGCUGUUCCCUAAACCUUCGGAGGACCUAAGAGACGUAUAUGAUGUAUAUUCAUAAGACGAAACAUAUAUGAUGUUUAUUCGUAAGUUUCCCCAAGGCACGAUGCCGACAACCCAGGAUUUUACAUGUGGUUUAACAAAAUCCUUUCACGUACGGUUUGAUGAUUUUCUUCCUUUGCAACAGGAAUCAUACUGCCGUUGGCACAACUGAGCGUAUUGUAAACAAUACGUUCUGAAGAGAAACUGGGCAAAAUUUACUUAAUAUCGGUCAAGUAUGAAAAAAGUUACGCAAUCUUUUAUACGGGAAUCUUAGUUUAAACGUUAUCAUAUUGACCACCGUCUUGCAUAUUAUUCCUAACAAUGAAGAGUUUCUGACCGGACAAAACUUCUGAACGUUAUCAGGACACAUUGUGUGGAAUAUAGUUGCACAAUGUGAAAGUCACUUCCGCCAGCUUGAGCACCAUUUUCACCUUUAGCAACUGUCUUACUUCUUACACUGUAGGUCUAAUAUAACUUUGUUAAAAGUCAAUCGUAAUUUUAUUCUUCAGUAGUAAUUAUCGCUAUCUUCUGUUGCUUGCUCAUUUCACUGCGCAGCCAGGGGCAAUAAUACAGUACUCUUUGAGCAGUGGAUAAGUAACAAUAAGUAUUGAUGUCCUGCAUUACUGAAAGCGGACCGGCUUAUCAUUUGGGCGAGAUGAGAAAGUAAACUGUUGAUUUGACUCCCCUAUUUACCAGAUGGAUUUUUUAAGAACGAUUACAUUUUGAUUUUUGUCAAACUACUGCGACGUAACUGACAAAGUUCACAACAUAGGUACAAUACCUAACUGCUGACUGAAAAAAAAAUAUUGUAAGUGAAGACUAGAAACAUUUUUGCGUGUAUUACUCUAACAUGCAUCCGAAGAACGUAGUUCAUCUGACAGUACCUUGGCCGAAAAGAAACUAAAGAAGCUAGGGGGAGGGUUGAAUACAUAUUCACCAUUCGUACACCGUAGCUGAGAGUAGCAAAAAAUACGAACUUCAUAAUAUAUGUAAAGAAUCAUAUACAAAGUUGAGACUAAAAGGGGUUAAGACAAGAAUCGAGCUAAUUAGAACUCGACAUUACAACAAUCAACAACAACAUUCGAUAGCCGCGAUUUAAUAUCUUUUCUGACGGAUCGAGUAAAUAAAGCAAAUGUCCGCACCCCCCCCCCCCCCAACAGCAAGCGGAAGUAAAACCAGACGCUUAGAUACGGAUGCAAGUUUCAUCGUGAUUCCCAAAGCUCAAAACACUCGGCUGGGAGCGAUACAACUGCUCCAUUUAGCUGACCGUCACGGAGUGCAAUUUUUCAAUACAUACCUACUAUUGCGCUGUUCAAAUGCAACCUGCAAUGUAGGAUUUAAAAACAACUGCCUGCUGCUGCUGCUGCUAUUGCCGACCAAGCGUUCGAUGGAAGAUUAAGCUCCCUCGAACAAUGCUGACAUUUAAAUUGUCGGACACCAGACUCCACCCUUAUUUUCCCUAAAUUUAAGAUAUACUUAUCAACCUUCUUACAAGUGCAUAUACUAAGAUUAUGAUAUUUGCAAUGCUUUCGCGCAAACUUUUGCCAAGAACUUUGCUGAAGACACAAAGUCUUCAUCUUUAAUGUUUUCUAUAUGUUUAUGACCCCAAAUCAUUUAUAUUACAUUCUAAAUAUUAUCCUGAAAAGUUGGAUAUGUUCAGUAAAAAGGUUCCAAUGAUCAAAAUGGACAGCUUUCUACAUUACAACAUUGGCUGAUGUCGUAUUCAAAGUAAUUCUGCACAUUUUGACAAAUAUAGUGCUUCAAAUAGUAAUUGGUUGUCUACGUUAAAACAGCUGAAUUUACGCCAAUAGAGUUUUCGGGGUACUUAUCAAAAAAUAGCAAGGUCUGUCAUUCGCUGCUACGUGUUGAGUGAUUGAUCCCCCUAAAAGGGAGCUAAUUCAAUUAAAAAUAUCAUUUAGUAGUAGAAAUGAUCUAACGUCUUUAGAAAACUUGUUGAGAUUGCUUUCACGAAUAUCUUUCCUGAACACACUAUCUCUUUUAAAUGCUUUAGAAGUUAUAGCUAAUUAUGUUUGGAUGACACCCAAAAAUAAUUCUUAAAAUAUCUUUUCAAUUAUCAUUCCUACGCGUUUUAUAUAUUCUAUGAAGUCCCCCAAUUAUCAAAAUACACAAUUUUCAUUAACGGUUAACUUUUUCUAUCUCGAGUAUUUUCGAAGAUAUUGCAUGUUUUUUGAAAGACAAGAGUGUUUUCAAAUAAUAUAUUUCUCUACUGGAGACAACGAGAGACAAGUACAAUACAUUUAGUUUUAUAUGGUUGAUGUAGCACUUCUCACUGGAACUAGAGCUGGCUGACCAGUUUUGCCCGUUCAAAAGUUAUUACUCUUUAAUUUUCGCAAAUUUUUGUAUAAAUUACUCAAAAGCUUCUAAGCCACAGGAGACAGAGAGAGAUAGAGAUUUUUGGUCUUCAGUAAACAUGUUCGCGAAACAAGUUCUUCGACAUUUCUGAAGACUGCAUCUUGUUUUGAAUACUUUAAAAAAAUUAUAACAAAUAUCUCACUUCAAAGGGGAUUAAUCACUGUGACUAUACCACCAAAAUGUAGGUCUUGGAUUGUCGAAAACAUCCCAGAAGACAUUUUAGGUGUACUCUUGUCCGUUAUCGCCUAAAAAAAAUUUGCACGUUUUUUUUAAAGAAAGAAAAACACUGUGCGACGGUUUAAAACACUUUAGGUCUAGUCAGAGGCGCUAAGAAAAAUCGAAAUGCACACCCAGAAAAGCGCACCCCUAUUUUCUAUUUUUGCGCUCAUAGUCGCUCACACGAAAAGCGAUCCUUUUUGAACAUGAAGCUUUUCGCUUUUUUUCAGUUUGGAGAGAGCGCAACGCUUUUGAAAAAAUAAAUUGAUGGCCCACACUCACAUGCUAAAAACGUUUUGUUUGUAUUUGGCUCCGUUCAAAUUUGCUCUACGAAGCCCUGGGACGCGUUGGUAUGUGUUACUCAAGUUAUCUCUUCACUGGGUGCCCAAGGACGUAUAUCAAUGAAGUUCGAUAUUAUAUUAUGCAAGUAUGAGAUUGGUUGAACACUAACGAACCAUUUGGGAGCUUUACGCUCACAGUUCGAGAGCGGAAAACAGAUGCAUUAAAGCUCCCGAGGAUUUGUUUUAGAUGUAGUUGUUGAGUACAAAUGCUGAAAUGACCGGAUAGUAGAGAAUAGGAAAGAUUUCAAUCAGACGAUCGAUAUUUUUCUGCACACGUUUUCGCCUGAAAAAUCAACAUUUUUCGUGUUUUUCGUGUGCGUUGCAAUAAUUCAAGCAGUUGAAAAAUUUGCACGGCUCAUAGCGGUAGCUUUCUUUGAUAUAUUUAUAAUAUGUAAGAAAUAAAAAUAAAAUCAAAUAUUAUUAUUUAUCUGUUGGAUCUCGUACACGCAACUUUCUACUGCGCGCGAAGCCCUUCAUUCGUGGAGAGGAAACGUUUGUCUGCUCGCUUACAGCGUUAUAGGAGUCAUUUAUUUCUCUCCUGUCUCUCAUGUAAAGGUCAUCAACGUUAAAUCUGUCUUGGUGACUGCAAUCAGAUGUUCUUCUCUGCUUCUUGCAUUUACGGGUGACCAGUGUAAACUGGUCGUCAUUGUUAUUAACUUCCAUGCCGAUGCUACUUUCAGUUGAUUUUGAGGUGCUGGAUGUUGCUUUUGUAGUUGUUAUUAUGGCCUGAACAGCUGCCACAAAUUUGGCAACCGUUUGUGGUUCCGGUAUUGGUGUUGAAAUGUUCUGUUUUGAAUUGGUUUUCUGUAUAUGUGUUGGCAAUUGGUUGACAUAUAUUUUCCUCUGCAUCUUCCGUGCAAGGUGAUGAGCUGUCUGAUUGCAGUACUUGCGCGUAGGUGAUUGCCAUGAGUUUUGAGUUUUAUAGUCAAGUUGGAGGGAAUACGUUUUUCGACUCGCAUCCACACCACAAGAACACUGUUAGGAAUACCCUAGAAUAAGUUUCUCCGCGUAUCAGGUGUAACGGAUUCUACUUCUUCGUAUUGCAAUAUGCAUUUUACAACUUUCUGUAUAGAUGAGGAUCUUAAUUCCAACAUUGUCACUUUCUAUCACAUUUAAGUUAAGUUGUUCUGCAAGAAGAAAUGUUCAGCUUGGGCUAACGUGUUGAAUGAUAUCAAUACUACAUUGCGGAGAUGAUUAUACUGAAGAUAAAGGCCUAUAUUCCAGUUUCACCUUCAGAAGAUAUUCCACUUCACGAAAACUUGGUCAUAUUGAACAAAAUUUGAAGUCAACGACCGUAGCGUUGGACCGCAGCAGAGCCUUUUCGUCAACUUUUCUCAUGAUGGCAAGAAUAAAUACGAUGUUUUUUCUUUGGUCUCUAGACAAUGAACACUAGAUCGAAAGUCGGCUAGCUGUCGUUCGUUUAAUGCGACUGUAAGUGUGACCCGGCCAGACUUACAACAAUAGGUUAAAUCGGAUAUAAUCAUCCCAAAGUUUAACUUUUGAAUUAUUUGUCAUAUAUUGGUAAAUUUAGUAUGUUGAAGAAGGAUAAUGAGAAAAAAGACAGUUAGGAGAAGUUCAAUCAGAACAUGCACGAAAACAUUAAAAAAUAUUCAAAACGAUUGGGAACGAAAAUUUACAGAUAUAUUGUUUACCAAACGUUUGAGGAUAAGUUAAGUAAAAAAUAUACCUGUUUAUUUUCGAAAGAGGCUCUUUUCUGGCUUGGAACCGCUAUAGUUGAUUAAACAUUUUAUUUUGCGUACAAUCUCAGUAUUACAUCGGAUAUAUUUUAUAGACGCGAUAUUGAUUCAAAAAAUGAUACAGUUUUUACAAUCAGUGAUUAUAGCAUCCGUGUUUAACUUGCAUGAUUGAUGAUAAUCAUUAUUGUAAAACAUUACAUGGAUCGAUUUUGACACGAUACCUCGCACUCUAAAAAUUGCAACGUUCAGGAAUCAGGAAUCAGAAUAUAUUGGCUCAAAUGGCACGUUCCCCGUACAUAGUCGGGGAUUUGUGCCUUGCCGUGUGUUUUCAUCAUUUCCUGAGUGGAAGGAAAGGACAAGGAGGAGUGGGGAAGUAGAAUUGGAAGGGUGGGAAAAAUAACAGCA